CCUGCGUUGUUUGCACGCAGUAGCCCAUCAGACAGAUCGUUGGAUGGGUACCUGAUGUGUCGGAAACUAGCUGGACUUAUAAAAACCUCAAAAUACCAGUCAAAGAUUUUAUUCACUAUGUCUAGUGAUCACUUCAUGUAUUUCGCCUUCGGGAGCAACCUGUUGAAGGAACGGCUUCAGCUGAAAAACCCAUCAGCAACAUUUUAUUCUACCGGUCGACUGAAGGAUUACAUGCUGAGGUUUGGCUUGUGGGGAGAGAAGGUGCAGUGCAGGUGGAACGGUGGAGUUGCCACUAUUGAGGAGAGCCCAGGUGCUGAGGUGUGGGGAGUAGUUUGGAAACUGAGCAAUGACAACCUACCAUCUCUAGACAAACAGGAGGAAGUGUACAGUCCCCUGCAGGUCACCGUGGAGACAGACAGUGGGACCUUGCUCUGCCGAACAUACCAAAUGAAUGGCUUCUGCGCCUGCCUGCCCUCCCCCCAGUACAAACAGGUGCUGUGUCUGGGCGCCCAACAGAACGGCCUACCACCUCAAUACAUCAAAGCUCUACAGGACUUGGAGACUAACAACUACAGCGGCCCAUCGUCUAUCAUGGACGAGAUCAAGAUCGCUAUGCACUAGGCGGCCGGCAGUCAUGUUGCCUGUCUGACCUUUUGACCUUUUGUAAACCUUGCUCUCCAUAGACAUGUAUAAUAAUAAUAUUAAUCCAUGUCUGUGGUCCCAUCCCAAGGAAGCGUUAAUGGUACUGUCGCCACUUCACACUGUGGUAUUAAUAGUACUGUUCGCCCCUUCACAUAAUUUUACAUUCAGUGGACUUGGUACCCUACUGCAAAACCCAAAGUCUUAUGGUGUUUUUCUUUUCUUUUUUUCUUUUUAAAUAUAUACCUUAAACUAAAGGAAGGGAUCUUGCUGGCCGUGGGUUGUACAAAGGUCUAAAUCACUGUUUGGGUAUGCUGAUAUACAGUCCCAGGAAAAAGUUUGUACACCCUUUGAAAUUUCUUACAUUUCUGUCAAAAUUGAUCAUAAAACAUGGUCUGAUCAUCCCGGAAAUCUCAAGAAGGAACAGUCAGAGUCUGCUUUAAUUAAUUCCACCCAAACAUUUACAUGUUAUCAUAUUUUUAUUGGUCAUAAGGCCAUAACAUUCACAGGAGAGCAGGGCAUAAGUAAGUACACCCUUGCAUUAAGUAGGUUUUGACCCUCAGAUAGUUGCAAUAUCAUCAACCAGACUUGUCCUGUAGUUGCAGAUCAGAUUAACAAAACAAUCUGUUUGUAUCUUGUCUCCCUCUUCUUUAGAAAAAUGCCUCUCGUCAGCAAGGUUUGUGGGAUGUCUGGAGUGCAUAGCUUUCUUGACUUCAGGCCAUAUACUCUCAAUUGUUUUUUGUCAGGGCUUUGACUGGGCUAUUCCAGAAUGUGUAUUUCAUUAUUAUGAAGCCAUUCUAAAGUCGAUUUGCUUCUAAAGUAUGGGCUGUUGUCACAUUUCAGGAACCAUACUCUUGUGUGCUUCAACUGUGUGACAGACUUUCUCCCGUUUUUUCUGUAAAAUAUCACAAUAAACUUGAGUUAAUUUUUCCACUGAUAAUAGCAAACUGUCAAGGGCCUAAUGCAGCAAGGUAGCCGCAUAUAAUGAUGCUCCUGCCACCAUACUCAGAAGAGGAGAUGUAACCCAAGAAUAGCUAAAAAUGGGAUUCAUUCUGCCAAUCUAAAACUAAUGGGGUUUCUGUCCAAAAAAAUAUUGCUGGACCUUUGAGGUUUGCGAAAAAGCAUUUAUAUGCUUCAUAGAAUUACUGCAAAAUAUUCUGUAGACCAACGUUGAAACCAAAGUUGAAUUCUUCAGGGGAACACACAAUGUCAUGUUUGGAGGAGAACUGGAGAACCACACCUUCACCAAAACAUCAUCUCCACCUUUGAGUAUGGUGGCGGGAGCAUCAUUAUAUGCGGCUACCUUGC